UGCUAGUUUGACAGACGUUAUUUGAGUGCAGUAUUUUAGAGUAAUCCAGUCUCUCCCUUUUGCCGCAAACAUGGCGUCAGCUCCGUCUGGAAAGAAGAAGGGGAGGAAGAAGGGAGUGCCCAUCGAUCUCAAUGUCUUUCUCAGUAACACCAAGGGAACACCAGAUGGCAAGGCCAUCACCAUCACCAAGACCGGCAACAGCUGGGCCGACCAGAUGGACUUCGAGGCCGAGGAGAAGACGGUGGUGCUGCCGACGGCGCCCUCCAGCGUGCGCUGCGGUCUGAACGUGGACCUCGACCGGGUGCCCAUGACGGGGCCGUUCAAGCUGUUCAUCGCCAACGUGUCCUACGACGCCAACGAGGAGAUGGUGGCCAGCAUGUUCCAGGGUCUGGACGUGCGGAACGUCAGUCUGCCGUGCGACGACAGCGGCCGAUUCCGAGGGUUCGGCUACGUCGAGUUCGGCAACCGUGACGAUCUGAUCGAGGCGCUGCACAUGGACGACCUGGAGGUGGCUGGCAGGAAGCUGCGUAUCGACCUGAAGACGCCCAGCGAGCGAGACCAGCAGCAGCAGUCGCGCGGCUACUCGUCGUUCGGCCGCGACGAGGACCGCGACCGCGCCGAGGACGACGGCGACUGGCGAGCGGGACCGCGCGCAGCGCCGGCGCGCACCAACAGUGACUGGCGCUCGGGUCCGCCCGGCGGCGGCGACCGGCCCGACCGCAGCGGCGGCGACAGCGACUGGCGCGGAGGACCGCGCGGCGGCGGCGGCGGCGGCUCCGACUUCGGUGGUGGUUACGGUCGUGACCGUGAGCGUGAGCCGACGAUGGCCAGCAAGCCGGGCAGCAAGUACGAGGCGGUGCCGUCCUUCAACGACUACCGGGGCGGCGGAGGCGGCUACGGCUCGGACCGAAGAAGCGACGACCGGUAUGGCGGCCGUGACGACCGGUUCGGGGGUCGUGACGAUCGGUACGGCGGUCGUGACGAUCGGUACGGCGGUCGUGACGACCGGUAUGGUGAUAGAGGUCGCGGCUAUGGCGGUGGUGGUUAUGGGUAUGACAGGCGCGGCGACGUGCGGGGGUAUGACUCCCGGUACGACCGUGGGUAUGGCGACAGAGACCGUGGCGGAGGCGGCGGCGGAUUCGACAGGCGGGAUGACCGGUACGGCGACAGAGGUCGUGACGACAGGUACGGCGGAUCGCGCUUCGGUUCACGGGACGGUCCCCGUUACGACUCACGAGAUGGCCCGCGUUACGACUCACGGGACGGACCGCGAGACGGACCGCGUUACGACUCGAGGGAUGGACCUCGAGACGGUCCGCGUUACGACUCGAGGGAUGGACCACGUUACGACUCACGCGAUGGUCCCCGGGACGGACCGCGCUACGACGACCGGCCGCCGGCCGAGUCGGACCGGCCGCCGGCCGAGCGGCCCAAGCUGAACCUGAAGCCGCGCUCGGUGCCCUCGGACGACAUCGGCAAGCCGGCCGCCUCCAGCAGCAUCUUCGGCGGCGCCAAGCCGGUGGACACGACGGCGCGCGAGCGGGAGGUCGAGGAGCGCCUCAAGGCGACACGCAUCGACGACCGUCCGGCGCGGCCGACGGAGCCGGCCUCGGGCUCCCAGCGGCGCGCCGAGGCCUCGCGAGACAUCCGGCUCAGCGAGCCGGCGCGCGGCAAGGACAGUCAGAAGCCGGCGGAUAGUGCCGGCUCGAGGGAGACAAAUGGAAAGGCGGCCGACGGCGCAGAAAAGAAGGAGCGGGCGCCGCGGCCUCCCAAAACGUUGGAGGACAAGCCGGCCGUGUUCGUCGAGCAGAGCCGGUUCAGCGCACUGGCAGAGGACGAGGAGGCUUAGACGCGGCGGCACCGCAUAUAGCCGCCCCAGCAGAGCGCCACAGUACGCGCACGACACGACCGGCCGGCGGGCCGCAGCAGGCCGCCCAGCCCGACACGGAGCCGGACGGCGGCCCAUUCCGGUCCCGGCGGCCACAGCCGGCCCCGGGCCACCCGGCGGCGGCGGCCCGAGCAGUCGCUCGCGGCGGCCGGGAAGACGACGCAACACUAGGGGACGAAGGAGGGAGCGGCGGGAGGACGACCGGGCCCGCCCAGUGCCGGCGGCGCGACAAACCGCCGGCAGACGGGCGCCGGGCCGCAAUCAUUAUCCAAAUUGGUAGUCGGAUAAAGGGUACUUUUGUAUUCUUAUGUCAUUUGGCAAAUAUAUGUAACAACCGUGUG